UUAUAAAUGUUGCCGGACCCGUAGCUUCGGUACCGGAGAAUGAGAGAGAUACUAGCGAGACAUCACAUCACAAGACACUGGACCUGUCAGUCCUUUAGUUUUUAUUUCAAUUUUCUCGUCUUUCCAGGUGUGUUAUAGUAGGAAAUAAGAUGGCCAUGUCCGCCAGCGCCAGCUUGAGUAAAGCUGUCAAACAGCAGUAUAUGGAGCUUCCUCAGGGGGAAAAAGUCCAAGCUAUGUAUAUUUGGAUUGAUGGAACCGGAGAGGGACUGCGAUGUAAAACAAGGACACUGGAUUCUGAGCCCAAGAGCAUCGAAGAUCUGCCUGAGUGGAACUUCGAUGGCUCCAGUACCUACCAGUCUGAAGGAUCUAACAGCGACAUGUAUCUGGUCCCUGCUGCCAUGUUCCGUGACCCGUUUCGUAAAGACCCCAACAAGCUGGUCCUGUGUGAAGUGCUGAAGUACAACCGCAAGCCUGCAGAAACCAACCUUCGUAUCACGUGCAGUGCAGUGAUGAAAAUGGUGGAGGAGCAGCAUCCCUGGUUUGGCAUGGAGCAGGAGUACACCAUCCUGGGCACUGACGGACACCCAUUCGGCUGGCCAUCUAACGGUUUCCCUGGACCACAAGGUCCAUACUACUGUGGUGUGGGAGCAGACAAAGCCUAUGGCAGAGAUAUAGUGGAGGCUCAUUACAGAGCUUGCCUGUAUGCUGGAGUCGAGAUUUGUGGCACAAAUGCAGAAGUGAUGCCUGCUCAGUGGGAGUUCCAGAUUGGACCGUCUGAAGGAAUCAACAUGGGUGAUCAUCUCUGGGUGGCACGUUUCAUCCUGCACCGCGUCUGUGAAGACUUUGGCGUGGUCGCCUCAUUUGACCCCAAGCCAAUCCCUGGUAACUGGAACGGUGCUGGCUGCCAUACAAACUUUAGCACAAAGGAGAUGAGGGAAGAUGGUGGAUUAAAGGCCAUUGAGGAUUCCAUCGAGAAGCUUGGAAAGAGGCACAGCUAUCACAUCCGUGCCUAUGACCCCAAAGGGGGCCUGGACAACGCUCGCCGUCUCACCGGCCACCAUGAAACCUCAAACAUCAAUGAAUUCUCUGCAGGUGUGGCCAACCGCGGUGCUAGCAUCCGCAUUCCUCGCAAUGUCGGCCAGGAGAAGAGAGGCUACUUCGAAGACCGCCGUCCAUCAGCCAACUGCGACCCGUACGGUGUGACCGAGGCCCUGAUCCGCACCUGUUUGCUUAACGAGGAGGGAGACGAACCUGCGGAUUACUAAAUCCACAACUCAUGGACUGACUCCCACUGCCCUCCUGACUUUCUUUUCUUUUAACUAGUACUGUAUUUUUAUUUCUCUCCCACUGAGAUGAUUUAACCUGCAUUUUUAAUGGAUUAAAGUUGGCUGGUCAACUUAAAACAUGACAAGGUAUAAUCAUAUCCUUGGUAGUUGAGUAUGAGCUGGUAAUGGCAGGGUAUGUCUUCCCCUCGUCUUUAGAAGGGAUUGGCUUUUGUAACACUGUUUAUAGCCCAUGUCAUAUCUUUCCCUUUUUGUCUGGUGACUAAAAUGAACUAAAGCACAUGGACACUGAAGCGUAGAGCUGCUAAGGCUGGACAGCAUGUGUAACUUAAUAAAUCUUAGUUCAUGUACUGCUAAUAUUUUGACCUGCCUUUUCAACUAUUCAGUCUAUGUUACUAAUUCUCUGAUUUUAUGAAGUGUCUAUUUUUAAAUGGCAACGUUUGAUGUCACUGGGUCAACUUGUAUGGUACGCUUUGUAGAUGUCUGUGCCCAGAUGUAUGUUGUUCAAAUGUGGUUGAUCUGUCCAUAAUGCCAUUUGUAGAUUUCCUCAAGGAGUUUUAUCCUUUUGUUAACUGCGAUAUUGUAAUGCACCUGAUUUGGUAAAUCAUCAAGUUUACUGAACCUGGUGUUUUUUAUUGAUACACUUAAAACUUUUAUUUUUAUCACAA